GUUUUGCUUGGCACUUCUCUUUUCUUCCCCUUCUUGUUGACAUUUAAAUACUGAACUUCAUUGGACGGACGGCUGAUGACACACAAAGACACACUUAUUCGUCCCCUUUCCAGCUGCCAUGGGACUGACUGACAAGCUAAUGAUUAGCCAGGGUUAUUGAGGGAAGAGACAGAGUUCAGUCAGGUGUGAAAGGGAACUUUGGCCAUUUUGACCGCACACUCUUCUGCUUCUUCCCCAGCAAUGGAGCAAGAAAGCUCAUGACCGGGCUGACAUUUCUUCAAGGCAAGCAGUGAGUUACACCCUGUAUGUAUGUGUUUAUAAAGCUCAUUCUUGUCUUUGUGCUUUAGGCAGCGUUGGCUCGCAUUUGACUGUAAAAUAGGUAGAGGAAGUAGUGCCAUGGUAACGCUAAACUAUUUGAGUGUGGAAGAUCCAGACGAUGGUGCUCCACUGCUGCCCGUGGCUGCAGAGACAAUAACACCAACACCUGUCUGUCACAGACAGCGGGUUGUUUUAAAGACGGAGUCCAGGGACUUUUUCCUAAGCAGGAAGGAGAAUUUUGCCACUAGCCUGCUCCUGUUGAUCGGAUGCUACUUGGCGAUUCUGAUUCCUGCCUAUUUCCCCUUAAACAACGUGCCAUCAGAUAACACUGACUACCAGUAUCCCAAAGACGUGGCCUUACUAAACCGCUCCUCCCUCCUGCUGUCCCGCCCCUGUCAGCCUCGCUGGGCUCUGGACCACCUCAAGUCGCUUUCCUGUUCUAAAGGCCUUCUGGACAUCCCGGCUUUUGUGCAACCGAACAAAACCGGGACAUGGAACCUGGCCCCUCCGCUGGGGCUCCGGGGGAGUGAAGAACAUUUGGCCCUGGCCCUUGCCUCUAUGCCUCAGCCUGGCAUGCCCCCAUCUCUGAGUAAAGAAGGCAGGUGCAGGCGGUGCGUGGUGGUGGGAAACGGAGGUAUUCUUCACGGGAGCCAUCUUGGAUCUCACAUAGAUCAGUAUGAUGUUAUUAUCAGGCUGAAUAAUGCUCCCGUGGCUGGAUUCGAGAGAGAUGCCGGGUCACUCACCACCAUCCGCCUGAUGUAUCCAGAGGGAGCGCCUCACUCUGCUGAUGAGUACAAAAAGACCGCCAUGGUAGCUCUGGUGGUCUUUAAAAGCCUGGACUUGGACUGGCUGACCUCUGUAAUAACUAAGCAGCCUCUGAGCUUCUGGUCCAAAAUGUGGUUCUGGAGGGAAGUAGUAGAUGAUAUUCCGCUGAAACCAGAGAGCUUCAAGGUCCUCCAUCCAGAGAUUAUUCACAAGACGGGGCAAGUCUUACAGGAGUAUGCAAAGAAACAGGGAAAUAUGGUGCCAACUUUAGGUGCCAGUGCCGUGGUGAUGGCUCUGCAGCUGUGUGACCAGGUUAACCUCGCAGGCUUUGGUUACGACAUGCAGCACCCUGAGGCCCGGCUCCACUACUACGAGGACAUACGCAUGGACGCCAUGAAAGCUCAGGUGGUGCACGAUGUUAGCGCUGAAAAACUCUUCCUGAGGGACCUGGUUGCUGCAGGAGCCGUGGCUGACCUCACAGGCGCCCUUUGAGUCCUUCCUCUGACCUCUCCAGACACUCCCCCUUCUGGGCAUGUCCUUGCGCGGAGUCCUCCAUCACCAGCUGUGCUCAACCCGCCCCACAGCGUGGACUAACCUUUAAAAACACUCCCAGAUUUCAGCCCAAGGUGAUGACUGGAAAUGUUAAAAGGCUGCAGAAACCAAACGAUGCCUUUUUUUUCCCUUUCAAAGAACUGAUUGACUUUACAGUAUUAGUUAAUGUUAGAACAGUAUUAAUUAUAAGGAUGAGAAUUAGAAUAGGACCAUACUCUGUGACAUCGAUGUUAAAUAAAUGUAUUGUUUCAUGUUUCAAUUUUAUUUCUAAACACUCAAUAAAAGUGAGAAUGUAA